AAUGAAAAUUUUCCCUCAACGGAAUCAAUUACCCUUUUCUAGUGAGAGAAAACGAAGAAAAACCCUUCUGUUAGCGUAAACUCUCCGACUAGAACAGCCGAGAGAAGAACAGAGUUCCGCGUAUUCAAUUCAAUGGCCAACAGCAAUUUACCGCGUAGAAUCAUCAAGGAGACGCAGCGUCUUCUGAGCGAACCGGCACCAGGAAUAAGUGCGUCUCCAUCAGAAGAAAAUAUGCGGUAUUUCAAUGUUAUGAUUCUUGGUCCCACACAGUCUCCUUAUGAAGGAGGUGUUUUUAAGCUGGAGUUGUUUCUACCUGAGGAGUAUCCUAUGGCUGCCCCAAAGGUUCGCUUCCUCACAAAAAUUUACCACCCCAACAUUGAUAAGCUCGGAAGGAUAUGCCUUGAUAUUCUCAAGGACAAGUGGAGUCCUGCUCUUCAGAUUAGAACUGUACUUCUUAGCAUUCAAGCACUUCUAAGUGCUCCAAAUCCUGAUGACCCACUCUCAGAGAACAUUGCCAAGCAUUGGAAAGCAAAUGAGGCUGAAGCUGUUGAAACAGCUAAAGAGUGGACACGUUUAUAUGCAAGUGGUGCCUGAAGUACACGGAACCUGUGUUUCCUUUAGUAUCUAAUAUUGUAUUCUAUCGAACAUCAAACCAUACUGCAAAAUUUGAAAAUAUGAUGAUGCUCGAAACCUUUGGUAUUUAGUUUACGGUGUUACUGCUUUGUACUUGUUUCAUAUUUGCUCUGUUGUUCAAAAUGUGCAAUGAUAAAAAGGCACUUGUGAACGUUAGUCGAUAAGUGUCGAUUUUACUCAUUGAAAGUAUA